AUGAAAAUCACAUUUUUUGCUCCAUUGGUCUUACUGGAUCUCUUGACUUGCUGUCAUGCUUAUCCACAAUAUCCCUUGCCUGACAUAGAAGAUGCAAAGUUCAUUGAAAAUUUUGUGAGAGCUCACAACACAUUUCGAUCCAAAGUGAAUCCACCAGCCAGCAAUAUGUUGCACAUGUCCUGGGAUGCUGCCUUAGCUAUGACUGCCAAAGCGUGGGCAAAGAAGUGCAAGUUUAAGCACAAUAUCUACCAUAUGCCAGGGAAGGUGCACCCCAGCUUUACCCCUUUUGGAGAAAACAUUUGGAGUGGCACAGGAACCAUCUUCUCUGUGGAUGCAGCUGUCAGUGGCUGGUUUAAUGAGGUCAGCAGCUAUGAUUUCAACACAAAUAGAUGUACUGGCAUGUGUGGUCACUACACCCAGGUCAUUUGGGCAGAGAGUUACAAAGUUGGCUGCACAGUUCACUUCUGCAGUACAGUUGAAAAUUUUCCAGGACUAUUGAGAGAAGCAUAUUUUGUUUGUGACUAUGGGCCAGUGGGGAAUUACCCAAGAAAACCAUAUAAAGCAGGUCAACCAUGCAAUGGAUGCAGUAAUGAGAAGUGUGUAGACAAGCUCUGUGGUAAGACCAAACUGAUCAACUGA